UCCAUCGUAUCGCCCCAAUUUCCGACGGCGCCUGAAGGCGACAUGAUUCGGUGGCUGCUGAGCUGAUCUUUGUGCGAACGAAGCGGAGCGGUCGCAGUUGGCAACGGACAGCAAACACACACAGAAAGACGCGAAAGACGGCGGAGGAGACAGCGUUUGGGCCCGAAAAUCCACACAGACGGCGAUAAUACAGUGACAGUGACGGCCUUAAAAUGGUCAUCUGGUGAGGAGUGCCGAAGCUUUUAGGUGGAGGAGUGGCAGACAGCGGCACCUAGGUGUGCAGAGUGGGACUGCAUCCCGUCUCACAUCCCGACGACCAGCUUCCUGAAGGCUGCUGCCGCUGCCAGAUGGACUGCAAACUCUGAGAGCAGAACGAGUCAGGACAGAAAUCAACCGAGGAGAGGAGCCGGGGGGAGAACGCUCACCGGGGCAGGAAAGGGAGGGCAUUGGUGAGGAGAGGACAAGGGGCUCUACGAUGUCGUCAAACAGGACCCAGAACCCCCACGGACUGAAACAGAUAGGCCUGGACCAGAUAUGGGACGACCUGCGGGCUGGAAUCCAGCAGGUGUACGCACGGCAAAGCAUGGCCAAGUCACGCUACAUGGAACUCUACACACAUGUAUAUAACUAUUGUACCAGUGUCCACCAGUCCAGCCAGGGCAGGGGCUCUGUGCCUCCAGCCAAGCCCUCCAAAAAGUCCACCACUCCAGGUGGGGCUCAGUUUGUAGGCCUGGAGCUCUACAAGCGACUCAAGGAGUUCCUGAAGAACUAUUUGACCGGCCUGCUCAAGGAUGGUGAGGAUUUAAUGGACGAGUGUGUGCUGAAGUUUUACACCCAGCAGUGGGAGGAUUACCGUUUCUCUAGUAAGGUCCUCAACGGGAUCUGCGCCUACCUCAACCGCCACUGGGUCAGACGAGAGUGUGAUGAGGGACGCAAGGGCAUUUAUGAGAUAUACUCUCUGGCACUUGUGACCUGGAGGGAGUGUUUAUUCCGACCCCUCAACAAACAGGUAACAAAUGCUGUGCUGAAGCUGAUAGAGAGAGAGAGGAAUGGUGAGACCAUUAACACCAGACUCAUCAGCGGUGUGGUCCAGUCUUAUGUUGAGCUGGGCCUGAAUGAAGAGGACGCCUUCGCCAAAGGCCCGACGCUGUCCGUCUACAAAGAGUACUUUGAAUGUCAGUUCCUCACUGACACAGAGCGUUUCUACACACGUGAGAGCACAGAGUUCCUGCAGCAGAACCCUGUCACCGAGUACAUGAAGAAGGCGGAAGCCCGUCUGCUGGAGGAGCAGCGGCGUGUGCAGGUUUACCUCCACGAGUCCACCCAGGACGAGCUGGCCAGGAAGUGUGAGCAGGUCCUCAUAGAGAAACACCUGGAGAUCUUCCACACCGAGUUUCAGAACCUUCUGGAUGCCGACAAGAAUGAAGACCUGGGCCGGAUGUACAACCUAGUGUCGCGGAUCACAGAUGGUCUGGGCGAACUGAAGAAACUUCUAGAGACUCAUAUCCACAACCAGGGCCUGGCUGCCAUCGAGAAAUGUGGAGAGGCCGCGCUCAACGACCCCAAAGUGUAUGUCCAGACCACCCUGGACGUCCAUAAGAAGUACAACGCCUUGGUUAUGUCCGCCUUCAACAACGACGCCGGCUUUGUGGCGGCACUCGACAAGGCAUGUGGUCGAUUCAUCAACAACAACGCCGUCACCAGAAUGGCUCAGUCAUCCAGCAAAUCUCCCGAGCUGCUGGCCAGAUACUGCGACUCUUUACUCAAGAAGAGCUCCAAAAACCCAGAGGAGGCAGAACUGGAGGACACACUCAACCAAGUGAUGGUUGUGUUCAAGUACAUCGAGGACAAAGAUGUUUUCCAGAAGUUCUAUGCUAAGAUGCUGGCCAAACGUCUGGUCCACCAGAACAGCGCCAGCGACGACGCAGAGGCCAGCAUGAUCUCCAAACUCAAGCAAGCAUGUGGGUUUGAAUACACGUCCAAACUGCAGCGAAUGUUCCAGGAUAUCGGAGUCAGUAAAGACCUGAACGAGCAGUUUAAGAAACACCUGACCAACUCCGAGCCUCUGGACUUGGACUUCAGUAUCCAGGUUCUGAGCUCUGGGUCUUGGCCUUUCCAGCAGUCCUGUACCUUCGCUCUGCCCUCUGAGCUGGAGCGAAGCUAUCAGCGCUUCACGGCGUUUUAUGCCAGCAGGCACAGCGGCAGGAAGCUGACCUGGCUCUAUCACCUGUCCAAAGGAGAGCUGGUCACCAACUGCUUCAAGAACAGGUACACGCUGCAGGCCUCCACCUUCCAGAUGGCCAUCCUGCUGCAGUACAACACCGAGGACAGUUACACCGUCCAGCAGCUCACCGACAGCACACAGAUCAAAACCGAUAUUCUGGUUCAAGUCCUGCAAAUUUUGUUAAAAUCGAAGCUGCUGGUGCUGGAGGACGAGAACGCCAACGUGGAUGAGGUGGAGUUCAAACCUGACACCGUCAUCAAGCUUUUCCUCGGAUACAAGAAUAAGAAGCUGAGGGUCAACAUCAAUGUCCCAAUGAAGACGGAGCAGAAACAGGAGCAGGAGACGACUCACAAGAACAUCGAGGAGGAUCGAAAGCUCCUCAUCCAGGCUGCAAUAGUGAGGAUCAUGAAGAUGAGGAAGGUCCUCAAGCACCAGCAGCUCCUGGCUGAAGUCCUGAACCAGCUGUCGUCCCGGUUCAAACCCAGAGUCCCCGUCAUCAAGAAAUGUAUCGACAUCCUGAUAGAGAAGGAGUACCUGGAGCGAGUGGACGGCGAGAAGGACACAUACAGCUACCUGGCCUGAAACGCCGCCUCCCUCCUUCCCUCCCGCCGGCUCUCCUCGGUUUUAUUUGUUUUUUUUUUUUUUUUUCUUCAUGUCUGAGUAAUAAAGUGUGGAUCCCUCUGAGCAGCGGACAUGUUGUGAGUGUGUCGCCGACCAUGUGACUGCCCCGUUUUGACAACCAUCAACGCGAGGGGGGAGGAGGGUGUGAACUUUCUGCUCUGCCUUCAAGGAACAAACGCCCCUCCUGUUGAGACUGGGAACCCCCAUCUACAUGCUGGCCUGUCCCGUCCCAUCUGUAGGACUCAAACACACUUCCUUGUUGUCAUAUUGUAAAUAACCACAGACUCUAAGAGGAAAACAAAGCCCGCUCCCUUCUUUACAUAGCGCAAAAACGUAAUGAAUUAGCCUACAGCCAAUCGGAGGAGAGCCGCAUCCAAAGGUUUCUGCAUGCUACUGCCUACCUGCACCACAGUGACCACGAAAAAGAUUAAAAAGUAAAAAUAAAAGUCGAGUCACUGGGCAGCCGACGCGGUCCACCAUACGACGACGCGAAAUCGACGCCGGUCACGAGUUAAAGUCUGCGACUGAACCGCAGGAGGUGGUGAGUUUAGAGCCGCCAUGACGCUUCUUUAUCUGCUAAAGUUGUCUGUUUUGGUUUGAGGUCGGUCGGGUUCAUGCAGGAGGCCUGUUUAAUUACCGAACGGUGGACAUUUGUAUAGUGUGGUUCAUUUUCUAAAUGUGUGAUAAAUAAAAACAAGGAAAGAUUUCUCUAAACGCUCGCCUCCCCGAGUUUUCCCUCUGAAACGACGAUUUAACGAAAACUUGGGGAACAGCCCUGAACUGCAGCUCAGUCUCUGGUAGCUUCUACUCACACAGCUGAGUAGUUUUGAUUUUUAUUAGAUGUGAGAAUCACAGUUUUCUUUGGAACCGCUUUCUGCUGAAGGAAAGCGGUUCCACUGAAAACUGCUGAGAGUGAGAUUUUGGAAAACAGUUUUCCAAUGCUCUGAUCAUCACAAAUAAAAUGUAGUUCACGUUGAAUAUGAUGAGCUGGAGACAGAAAUCUCAGAUGUGAAGAUCCAAACCCAGGGGAAAGAGAGAGAAACACUUUCGCCUCGUUUUCUCUAACAGGUUUGGACCGACACAUUCAAAUUACUUGUUUUGCUUUUGGACUUUUGUUGGAACAAAAAGAAAGAUGUUCAGAUAAGCAGCGAAUAUUUGACAUGUGAACUGUCGCCAAUUAAUUCUCCGACAGGCUUAAUGGUUCCGGCUUCACAAUUUAUUCCAAACUCAAAAAUUGGAUUGUUCUGAAGCUGCUGUUUAGACAGGUAGUUUAGAGUUCGGGGGGGUCAGAAGUUUAAGGUUUGGCUUAAAUGGGAACUGUUAGAACAUCAACGAAAUGGAAAAAAAGUCUAAAGCUGGAAUUAAUCUAUUAAACAAAUGUGAAUAUUUUUGGGUUUUGGACUUUGAGCAGACAAAUUUGCCUCUAAAAAACCUUGAGCCACAGAAAUGGAUUUUAAAAAACCCCAAAUUAUCAAGAAAAUCAGCAGAUGAAUCGGUACUGAAAAUAAUCAUCCACACGACAUUUUGUAAUGUGGGAGCCUUGAAAAGAUGUUCAGAAUGUUCUCCUUCGAAACCCAACGUAAAAGUAUAAAAACGUGACACUAACAUCAUCCUGAGAGCAUGUCUGAGCCGAAAGACCCCUGCCUACACAAGAAGUCAUUAGAACAAAUUAACCAAAAACGAAACCAUUUAGAAUAUUUUAAUCUGCAUCACUUUGAACAACAAAAACCCCUGUAAACAUUACAAAAUCAGCACCUGUGUCGGAGGAAAAAGUGGUCCUGGUUCGACAAGAAGAGUGAAAAGUUGACGCAGGCGGACGUCUGAAACGAUAAAUAACCUGCGGUUUAGAUUUCAGGGGAGGGCCGGGUAACGCUCCGGAUUUGCUUCUCCAUUUUAAGAAUCAAAUCCUGUCCUGCUUAGGUUGGUUUGUUUUUUUAAAAACAUUAUCUGAUGUUCAUAGGCAAGGAGAGUCUUUCAGAAACAUCUGGAUGCUUCAGAGGUCGGUUUUGUUUCUGACUGGCUCUGGCUCUCAUUUCUCUGUUACCCGGCCCUCCGAUCACAGAUACACACAAAAGCUGCGGCCUCAUCAUCCUCCUCCUCCUCCUCCUGCACCCAAACCUUAACUCUGAUUCUUUGAAGAAAUGCCUGCCACAGGACCUGAUUUCUGAUUUACACAUCAGUGUGUAAAAUGAAAACAGCUGCUGUGGGUGUUUUUUUGUUUUGUUUUUUCAUAAACAAGAAUCCCCAGUUUGCAUGAUCUUGAAAAAGCAGA